CAGCUGAGCGGCUCGUCUCUAACGCUCAACCAAUGGUGUGCUAGAAAGCGCACUGUAGCUCCUCCCUCCGAGGUCCCGCCCUCCGUUGUUAUGCGCCUAUCCGGAUUGCGGGGUCCGCAGUCCGCGGCCGUUUCCUGCCCUGGUGCAUGGUGGUCGGACGGAGGAAUUGUUGGAAAAUUGUGCCGGAGGGUAAAAAAUAUGCUUUUAGCCCAAAUCAAUCGGGAUUCCCAAGCAAUGGCUGAGUUUCCAGGAGGAGGUGGGGAAGCCCAGCAGGUCACUCUGUGUCUUACAGAAGCCGUGGCAGAUGGAGAGGCGAUGGACACGAUGGAAAGUAUGAGCCUGCAGGCAGUCACCCUGGCCGACGGUUCCACUGCUUACAUUCAGCACAACACUAAGGAUGGGAAAUUAAUGGAAGGGCAAGUCAUUCAGCUGGAGGACGGGUCGGCUGCAUAUGUCCAGCACAUUCCUAAAGGCGAUGAUCUGAGUCUGGAGGACGGGCAGGCGGUUCAGUUGGAGGAUGGCACCACAGCCUAUAUCCAUCACUCGUCCAAAGAGUCUUAUGAUCAGAGUUCGGUGCAGGCAGUGCAGCUGGAAGAUGGCACAACAGCUUACAUUCACCACGCGGUGCAGGUCCCGCAGUCCGACACCAUCUUGGCGAUACAAGCCGACGGCACGGUGGCCGGGCUACACACAGGGGAGGCUUCCAUUGACCCUGACACAAUCACCGCAUUGGAACAGUAUGCCGCAAAGGUGUCCAUUGAAGGAGGGGAAGGAGCAGGUAGCAAUGCACUUAUAACUGAGUCUGAAUCAGAAAAGAAAAUGCAGAUUGUAUUAAGCCACGGCUCCCGUGUGCCCGUCAAAGUCCCGCAGACCAAUGAGAAGGCUUUUCGAUGUGACUAUGAAGGUUGUGGGAAACUGUACACAACUGCCCAUCAUCUUAAGGUGCAUGAGAGGUCACACACAGGGGAUCGUCCGUACCAAUGCGACCACGGCGGCUGCAGAAAAGCGUUCGCUACAGCUCCAGCGAGCCCUCGGAAGGACAAGACUAAAGCUAGGGGUCCUUCCGAGGGAGAGGAUCACCUGCCGCCCGAGGAGACCUCAGUACCGCCAGAGGUACCUGAGCAGGGCCGCCCCCAAAAUCCUGGCCAACGAGGCCGUGUGAGGAGGCACCGGAUGGUGUCCGGAGUGCAGGGGAUCCAGAAGACAGCGGACGGUUAUGGGUUAAAAAGCCACGUGAGGACACACACAGGGGAGAAGCCGUACAGGUGUUCCGAAGAAAACUGCACCAAGUCUUUCAAGACGUCUGGAGACCUGCAGAAACACGUCAGAACUCACACAGGAGAGAGGCCGUUCAAGUGCCCAUUUGAGGGGUGCGGGAGAUCGUUCACUACGUCCAAUAUCCGAAAGGUCCACAUCCGCACGCACACGGGGGAGAGACCGUACUACUGCUCGGAACCAGGGUGCGGCCGAGCCUUCGCCAGCGCCACCAAUUACAAGAAUCAUGUGCGGAUACACACAGGUGAGAAGCCUUACGUGUGCACCGUUCCCGGCUGUGAUAAACGCUUCACGGAAUAUUCCAGUUUGUACAAACACCACGUGGUCCACACGCACUCCAAGCCGUACAACUGCAAUCACUGCGGCAAGACCUACAAGCAGAUCUCCACGCUGGCCAUGCACAAGCGGACGGCUCACAAUGACACGGAACCCAUCGAGGAGGAGCAGGAGAGUUUCUUUGUACCACAGCCACCGGAUGAAGUGAUCAAAGGCUCGCAGAUCACGUAUGUAACAGGCGUGGACGGAGAGGAGGGGCUACCAGCCACACCGUCGGCCCAGCAGCUAGCACUCAUUAGCCAGGAUGGCACGUCCCAUGUGGCCAUAGUUGCCCAAGACUUAUCUGCAUUCCACACCGCUGCCUCUGAGACAGGCCCCCCGCACAGCCACAAUCUGGGGGGCAGUGACUCCAGACCUGUUACAUUACUAGCCACUUCCAAUGGGAGACAGAUCGCAGUGCAAAUCGGGGAACAGCAGUCAUUGGAGGAAGCCAUACGAAUCGCUUCGAGGAUACAACAAGGCGAAUCCCCUGGGAUGGAAGAUUAACUACUAGUGAACCAACCAAAGUGACUAGUUAACUGCAGAGAUCUCUACCCGCCCCACCCCCCCUCAGCUUGUGUGAUAUUGUGUGUAGCCUCCAGCCGGACAAUGGGGCCCCCCGAGACUUUUAUCUACACAACAACCCUUCCCUUUAAAUAUUUAGAGAUUUUUUUUGGGGAAGGGGGUGGGAACAGCGUCGGCUGGGAGGAUUUGUAUCAUAAACAACUGGGGUUUUUUGUUUUUUUUUGGGUGUCAAGACGGAACUGAGUGAAUGGACGGAUCUUCCUGACGGUUUGUCCCGUUGUACUCAAUGUAAAUAGAGAUUGGUGUCCUCUCUGGGGUCCCUUGUUUCUUAUUCACAGGUCCCACGCUGGGAGUUGUAGUUCAGCGACACCUGGGGACCCAGGGCUUCUAGGAAGUAGGGAUGCACCGAUUCCACUAUUUUGGAUUCGGCCAAAUCCCUGAAUCCUUCGCAAAGAUUCGGCCGAAUACCGAACUGAAUCCUUAUUUGCAUAUGCAAAUUAGGGGUGGGAAGGUGGAAAACAUUUUAUACUUCCUUGUUUUGUGACAAAAAGUCAUGUGAUUUCCCUCCCCGCCCCUAAUUUACAUAUGCGGAUUCGGUUGGCCGGGCAGAAUGAUUCGGCCGAUUCUACAUCCUGCUGAAAAAGGCCGAAUCCUGGAUUUGGCGCAUCCCUACCAGGAAGUGAAUUUUCUUCUGUAAAGUUCUCUGUGUAUAUAUUUAUAUAUAUUCUUUCUGUAUGAAUGUAGUCUCUAGGAAUAUACUGAAUGAUAAUGGGGGAAUAUUCUGCAUAGAAGCUGCCAUGUUAGUUGCCUUGCAGAGCAUCAGCUGACCAUUAGAAGGUGCCGUUGCCUAGGGAAACAAUAUAGGGAGGAUAUUUCAGUAAUAAAUGUCUGUCUGUAGAGACAUGUAAACAUUUCAAAGUACACGGGAUACACGCGUAUGUCCCCCCCCCCCCGCUCACGAUACUUUAAUGGUAGAUUCUAAAGGCAUGUGACUCGCUUUUCCUCACUUUGGUGCUAGUACUUUAAUAAUGCUGCGCCGGGUCUCCUGUUGUUGCACUUCACCCAUAAUUAACAGGAUUUACCCCUGAAAACCGCGAAGGAGCCAAUCCGACGCAGACAUUUCAUUUCUGGAAAUAAGCCCCGCCCCCUGAAGGGUCAGCGUGACGCAGCAAUGUCUUGACCCAUGUGAUCAUAUACAGUGUUUUAUUUGUACAAUAAUAAUAAUAUGCAAUAAAGACUUUGCUUUUUAA